AUGGCUAUUUCAAGACUGACCCGACUUGUGGUACAAUCAAAGAACAUUUCGAAACAUGAACAAGUAUUACCACGGAGAACGGCAACGACUACUCCUACUGGAGCCAUUCUUCCUGAACCAGAAAAAACGCCUUUUGGAUUGUUAAGCAUUGUGUGCGCCGUAGUUCCUGGGCUAUUGAUUGGAGCAGCCAUUAGUAAAAACAUAGCUAAUUUCUUAGAAGAAAAUGAACUGUUUGUUCCUUCUGACGAUGACGACGAUGAUGAC